AUGCAUAGAGGUACCACCAGUAACAACAGCAGCAACAGCAACAGCAACAGCUCUUCCUUUUCAAGCCCCAAAGCCUACUUCCACGCUUUGACCCAAACCCAUCGCCGCCUCGUACGACGAGCAUGCUCCAUCACCACCACCCGCGACGAGAUGAGCCACGUCCGUGCGCGCUCCGGCGCUCACAUGGCCCGCUCACUACGCUGGCCAGACCUCAUCACUCUGGGUCUCGGCGGGAUGGUUGGCGCUGGCGUCUUCAUCUCCACUGGCCGUGCUGCUCGUCUCUACGCCGGUCCCGCCGUCAUCCUCUCCUACGCCAUUGCCGGCCUUUGCGCUCUUCUCUCCGCCUUUUGCUACACUGAGUUCGCCGUUCAUCUCCCCGUCGCCGGCGGUGCCUUCAGCUACCUUCGUGUCACCUUCGGUGAAUUUGCUGCAUUUCUAACUGGUGCAAAUUUAUUAAUGGAAUACGUCUUCUCCAACGCCGCCGUGGCAAGAAGUUUCACGGCGUAUCUAGGCACGGCCAUUGGCGUAAACACCACCGAGAAGUUAAGGUUUCAAGUCUCCGGCUUGCCGGACGGCUUCAACCAAAUUGAUCUCCUUGCUGUCAUUCUCAUCAUCCUCAUCACCUUUUGCAUUUGUUACAGUACAAAAGAGAGCUCUGCAAUGAACAUGAUGUUAACCGGAACACACAUGGGAUUCAUUCUCUUCAUUAUCAUUAUGGGAUUCAUGAAAGGCUCAUUGAAGAACUUCACAAAGCCAUUGGACCCAACCAAGAACCCAAGUGGCUUCAUUCCUUAUGGAGUCUCCGGUGUGUUCGCCGGUGCUUCUAUGGUUUAUCUUAGCUACAUUGGCUAUGACACCGUGUCGACCAUGGCCGAGGAGGUCGAGGACCCGGUGCACGACAUUCCGAUCGGCGUCUCCGGCUCCGUCGUGCUUGUCACCCUUCUCUAUUGUCUCAUGGCUGCUUCCAUCUCCAUGCUAGUUCCUUAUGAUACUAUUGACACGGAGGCACCGUUCUCGUCGGCAUUCAAGGGAUCGGACGGCUGGGAUUGGGUGUCGAAAGUGAUCGGAGUGGGGGCCACAUUGGGAAUAGUAGCUUCAUUGCUUGUCGCCAUGUUGGGCCAGGCCCGUUACUUAUGUGUUAUAGCCCGGUCCAAUAUGGUCCCACUUUGGCUAGCCCGGGUCCACCCCACCACUGCUACUCCAGUCAACGCCUCUGUUUUCCUCGGAGUAGUAACGGCAAGCAUAGCAUUGUUCACAGAUUUGAAUAUACUACUAAACCUUGUGUCCAUUGGAACACUGUUUGUGUUUUACAUGGUAGCCAAUGCUGUCAUAUUCCAACGUUACGUUGCAUGUGCAUCCACAAACAUUUGUCCUACCAUCAUCUUCCUAUUCUCAUUCUCCUUCAUUUCUAUAACAUUCACUAUAAUUUGGAACCUUAAUGCACCUGGAAAAACAACACCUUUUCUACUCUGUGGAUGCAUUGUGGUGGCAGUUAUGAUAGUUCAAGUGUUCAAAUCAUCGGUUGCCGAAGCGAGGAAGCCGGAGUUGUGGGGAGUGCCAUUGAUGCCAUGGAUACCUUCAGUUUCAGUAUUUCUUAAUGUGGUGUUGUUGGGUUGUCUUGAUAAGGCAUCUUAUUUGAGGUUUGGUGUGUUUUCUUUGUUUGUGGUUGUUGUUUAUUUGAUGUAUAGUGUGCAUGCUAGUUUUGAUGCACAAGAGAAUGAGGAUGUUUUGUUGACAAGUAGUAGUCAUGAAUAUCAUGCAGAUGAUGGUAUUUUGAAUUUAUGAGGAAAAAAUGUUUGAGGAUGAAUAA